UGUGGAUUAAUAUCUUCAACAGCAUGUAGUACGGAAACAACAUGGCGGUCUCCGUACGUGUUCACUCACACGUUAUUUUAUUAUUAUUAUUCAUGGUCACAAUACAUUCUAAUUAUGCAUUUGGACGCAAGGAAUAUGACGUAGAUAAUCAUAGAGUAAUAAAACGAAGUCAUUUUGAUGAUUCGGUAAAGAAAUAUAAAAUAAUUUCUACAGUAGAAAAUCUAAGAGCACAUAAGGAAAGAAACAAGCUAAUUCUGAAUCAGCAUGAAGUACGUAGUGCCAGGAAACGUCCACCUUUAAAGAUUUUUGAAUCUCGUGAAUGUAAAACUGAAGUCAGUCUAUAUUGUAGCAAAAACACAUAUGACAAUAAUAUUGAAAUAUUAGAAUGCUUGCAAAAUGACUUAAAGGUUGGAGAAGAACUUAGCAAGGAAUGCCAACAUCUUCUAUGGACCUACAAAAGAAAUUUAACCAAAGAUGAUAGGUUUGAAUCUGCUGGCAAAGAAGUAUGCCGUAAGGAAUUGGAAAUGGCAGCAGAUUGUCAAAAUUUCCGUCGUGGCUCAGGUCACUUGAUUCCCUGCUUACUCGAACAUAUUGAUAACAUCACAGAUAGCAGUUGUAAACAAUUUCUGCUGAAAAUGGGAAGCAUAAUUUUUAGUGAUUAUCGUUUAGUUUCUAAUUUUGUUGACAACUGCCAGCGAGAUAUCGAUAAAUUAAAAUGUGGUCGAGUUCAACUUGAAGAAGAAGAUGAUUCACCUCAUUUGCAAGGAAAAACUAUUGAAUGUUUAAAAGAAAAAAUAAGAACAUUAUCUGAAAGCUGCCACCGUCAAAUUCAACGAGUUACUGAGUUACAAGCAGAUGACUACCAUCUAGAUCGCCCUCUCUUCUAUGCAUGCAGAUUAGAUCGUGAACGAUUUUGUGAUAAAGUAGCUGCUGGUAAUGGUCGUAUAUUUGAUUGUCUAAUGAAGCAUAAGUUUGAGAAUGACAUGUCAGAUAAGUGCCGACAAAAACUUGUGUUACGUCAACAACUUAUUGCAGAGGAUAUUAAAAUUGAGAAAGGAUUUUUUGCUGCUUGCCAUAAUGACAUUGAGCAGUAUUCUUGCUUGAAAGAUUCUAAAGGUUCUGCAGUGGUGCAAAGGGCUUCAGUGAUGCUGUGUUUGGAGAAUAAUAUGAAAAAAGGUAUGCCAAUUUCAUCUGAAUGUACAGCAGAAGUUGAUGAUAUGAGAAAAGCAAUAAUGGAAGAUUUUCAGAUUACUCCUGAAAUUGUGAUAAAUUGUGAUGUUGAAAUUCGCCAGUAUUGUAGUGGAGGCAGCAAUAAAGAAGGGAAAACAUUACAUUGUUUAAUGGAAUUAUCACGACCAGUCCAUUUUAAGGGUACCCUUAAAUUAAAAAAGCAUAUUAGUCAAGAAUGUGAAACUCAGUUAACUAACCUUUUACAUGAGGCUGAUGUUGGACAAGAUUUCCGUAUUGACCGUGCUUUACAAAAAGCAUGUCAACCUGUUGUUGAUGUUGCAUGCAGAAGUAUCCAGCCAGGUGAUGCAAGAAUUAUGAGUUGUCUGAUGGAGAAACUUGGAACAGAUAAAAUGACUGAUGAAUGUGAAGAGCGUUUGAUUGAAAUUCAAUAUUUCAUAUCAAGAGAUUUUAGACUUGAUGAACAAGUUUACAAUCAUUGUCAUAAAGAUGCAGUGAGUCUGUGUCAUGCAGACAAAGAAUGGUAUAAUCCAAGAGGUCCUAACAAUAGUCCACUCAUCUUGCCUUGUCUGUACAAUUUCAUGAAAAGAGACUCAGAAUUGCAACAGGUUUCACGUGCAUGUAAGCAUGAAAUCAAGCGUGUUAUGAGACAAAGAGCACACAGUGUAAAUUUAAUGCCUUCAAUUCAAAAUGCUUGUCUGCAAAAUUUGGGGCAGUAUUGUUCAUUUGAAACUGAUAAAGGACAGGAAGUAAGAUGUUUGCAAGAUAAUUAUGAGAAAUUAUCUGAUGAAUGUCAAGAAGCUGUACGUACCUUUACUGAAGAUGAAGAUGAAAACAUUGAGCUGGAUGCUAUUCUCAUUCGAGCAUGUACACCUAUGAUAAAAAAAUUCUGUGAAGAUCAAUUAGAUAAUGAUGUCGAUCCAUCUGAAGUAAUGGACUGCUUAAUUGAACACAAACAUCACCAAGAUAUGAAUAGAAAAUGUGGUGCUGGAGUUGAACAUCAUCAACUGAUCCUUUUAAAAGAUUAUCGAUUCAGCUUUAAAUUUAAAGAAUCUUGCAAGCGAUCUGUUGCAGCCCACUGUAAGAAUAAGAAAACGAAGCCUGAUGUUAUUGCUUGUCUUAGUGAACAUGUUCGCAAUGACACAUUAUUAGAUGAAAAACAUCGCAUUGAGAAAGAUUGUCGACACCAACUCAGAGUAGAACUUUUACAAAGAAGUGAAAGCUUGAAUUUAGACCCUGAGUUAAAAAAGGCAUGUGAAUUGGACAGAAAAAAAUUUUGUGCUCAUAAGUCUCCAGGAAAUGCUCAAAUCAUUGAAUGCUUGAAAGAACACCAACCCCGUCUUUCUAAUAAUUGUCAUAAGGUUAUCUUUAAAAGAGAGAAAGCUGAUAGUGUUGAUAACAGCAUUGAUUAUACUUUGAAAGUAGUCUGCAAGAAAAUGAUCAAACAUUACUGCAAUAACUACAAAUCCGUAGAAAUUUUAUAUUGUUUGAAACAACACAAAAACGAUGAAGACUUUGAUCCAAAUUGUAGACAAAUUGUUAUUCAGCGACAGAAACUUCAGAAUACAGAUUAUCGCCUAAAUCCUCAGCUUCAGCAGUCAUGUAAAAUGGAUAUUAAUAAAUUUUGCCAUCAAAUAAUUAUUAACACCAAAAAAGAUCAAGACCUUGAAGGCAAAGUCAUUAAUUGUUUAAAAAAGCAGUUUGUUCAUCAAAUGCUUUCAAAAAAUUGUGAAUAUGAAAUACAGGAAAUUAUCAAAGAAGCUGCUUUGGAUUAUCAACAAGACCCUAUUUUGGCAAAGGCUUGUCAUGAGGAAAUCACCCAGUAUUGUUUUGAAGAUGCUAAUAAAAGAGAUAAUGAACCAUAUGAGGUUGAAGAUAAUGGUAAAGGGCGUAUUUCAGAAUGCCUGAAAGAUAAAUUGAAAGAGGGUUCCAUUAAAAAUAAAAUGUGUGUCAAGGAAAUUGCUAGAAUCAUUUAUGAAGGUUCUUCAGACAUACAUGUUGAUCCAGUUUUACAUACAGCUUGCAGAAGAGAUAUUCAGAUCUUUUGUCAGAAAGUUCAACAAGGAAUGGGACAACAAAUGUCAUGCUUGCUAUCUGCUCUUGAGAGCAAAUUGCAAUUGAGUCAUCAAUGCAGUGAAAGAUUACAACAAAGGAAAGAGAUGUGGGAGUAUGCUGCUCAUGUUGCUCCUCCUGAAAGUUUUAAAGAUAUAGUUGUUGAAAUGCAUAGUUCCCCAGCUAAAUAUUACUUUCUUGGAGUUAUUAUCACACUCAUUGGAUUUAUUUUUAUUGCUGGUCUUACUUGUGGUAGAGUAACAAAACGUCAACGAGCUGAACUAAAAAAUAAAUAGAACAGUGUUAUGUAAAUAAUUAGUUUUUUUUUUUAUGUUUUGUUUUGUUUUUCUUUAAUGAGAACAAACAUAGCUGUGCUGCUGCAAAAUGUUUUACCUUGUUUGUGUCAUAUUAUUUGUCUCUGUUGUUAAAUUUAAUUUAUAAUAUGAAUUUUGAAAGAAAUGUGUGAAUGGUUAACAUAAAUUCAAUGUAAAAUGUCUUCUUGAGUUUUAUAUGUAGCUAUUUUCAUUAUGUAAAAAAUUUUUUUUGUGUUCUUUCUUUUAAAUAUUUCUGGGAAGACACACAAACACACAUACACAUGCUUACACAAUUACUAAUUGUGUUCCUUAAUUAUUAUUAUUAUUUUUUUUUAUUAUUAUAUUCCUGAAAAGUUUGUAAAUAUUCAGUCUUGCUUUCAAAAAGUAAAAGUUCCCCAAUCAGAUACAUAAAAUUUCCAAUAUGUUGACUAAAAUUAUGUUUUAAAAAUAUUUCAAUGAAAUAUUAUGAAGCAAAAUAAGUUUUAAAUAUUCAAAUAAGAUUGUAUAAAUUUAUGGCAUUAAAUUUUGAAUAAUUUUUUUUUAAACUCUCGACACUCAAAGUUAUUGUGAUUGCAUAUUUGGAUGUCAACUAUUAUUAGAAACAUUCAUACAAACUUUACAAAUAUAUUAAAAUCUCUUUACAUCUCUCCCUAUUAAGCUAAAAUAAAUAAAAGGUUUCAUUUAAAUCUUCCUACAUUAUUUACUCAUUUAGAUUAAAAGGUAUAAUUUAAGUAUAUUCAGCAAAUUCCUUGUAUAUAUCUUGAUGUGGAUUUAUUUCUGAUUAUAGACAAAAACUGUCACAUCAAAAUUAAGAAAAUGUUAGAAUAUUAUAUGAAAAAGCAAAGCAAUUACUAAAACAUUAACACAUCAUUAAACUUUUCAAUUAUUGCAUUUAUGUGUUUCAACAUUGUGGAACAUUUGAUUAAUAUUUGUUCUGAAAGCCAAGCCCCAUUUGUUUUAGAGCAGAAUUUAAUCAAUAAAACAUUAACUGUGAUAAUGUGGUCUUGGAAAAAAAAUUAUCUCAUAUUUUCCACAAACGAAACAUUCAUAUAUUUGAUUUUACAGUCUUUGUUCUUUACAAGCAAAUAUAAGAAAUAAAGUAUAUUUACAGCCUCAGUCUUGAAAUAAAUUUAUUAUUAAAGCCAAAAUUAAAAACUAAACAUGUUGAAUAGUCAGUAAUAUUUUAUGAUUUUUGUUUUCACUAUAAACCUCAAACCCUGUAUAAUAUUUGUAAAAGAUUACCUAGCAUUUUAACUGUUUAGUAUUGUUAAAUUAUAAUAUAAUAAUUUUAUAUAAACUAAAAUAAAAAGUAAUUAAAAAAAAUUUUUUUUUAAUUUAGUGUAUUGAACUUAUCAUUAUGUAACUGUCUACAUAGUUGGAUAUUUUUCAAGGACUUAUUCAGUAAAAUAUUUGUUUACUUAUUCAUAUAAAAUUUUGUUUUAAAUUUUUUCUUAAAACAAUUUAAAUCUUAGAACUAGAAUUAUCUGUUCUGCUCUCUAUUUUUCACAAAUUUGUGUUGGUUGGUGGAGAGUUGUAAAAUUAAUAGAAAGCAAAGAAAAAUACCAAAGGCAUAUUUUACUGAUCAUUAGAUUUGAUUCAACAUAAGAUUAUCUUAAUCAGCUUGGAAAUUGCUCUGAACAUUUUCAUGUUUUGUAACCCAAAAGAAUUAUCAUCUUCAUUUCUUAAAUAAAACUAUUUUCCUUCCAAUGAAAUAAAAUGUCUUUUCAGUUUUAUUUUCUUCAGAAUUCACAAUUAGCAUUAAUUGUUUAUAAUAUGUUUCAAAAUGCAAGUGUUAUUAUUAUUAUUAUUAUUAUAUUUUCAAAUAAAGUUGGUUAAAGUAUUCUAUAUAGCACUCACAAAUAAACAUAAGAUUCACUUACUACUUGAGACAACUAAAAUGUUUUAAACUGCAAAUACAUCUGGUACCCAAAGAUUACUAAUGAAUUUACCUAUAUAUGUUCUUGGUUGUAAUUUUUUUGUAAUAUUUACAUUUACACUAUAUUUCAAUCAAUUUGACCUCUAGCUGAAACAUUGUAGAUAUCUUUUUAUGAACAACUCAUCUUGACCCCCUCUGAUACCACUUGCCCUGGUUCUGUGAUACAAACUUUGUUUUACAGUGAUCUAAAUUGUACCUACCAAAAAAUUUCAUGUUAAUUUAUGUUCCAAACACUAGCAUAAUAAUGACUUAGUUAUCUUACUAAACUCUUCAUUAUUUUCAAAAGAAUAACAAAGGUGGUGUGUUUCAACAGAGAGUUAAUAUAUUUCUUUUCCGAAGAAACAUUUUGAGAAGAAUAGUCUACAAGAACCAUUCAUUAAAGCAUUUUUGUGUCUGCAAAUCUAAUUUUUUUCCCCCAUUAAACAAUCUUGUAUUUUUCAUUCUGCUGUCUACCUAAAGAACUUUAGUCUUAGAUAAAUAUUAUUGACAAAAAUAGUUCUCCAAACACUAAAUUGCAUAAAAUAUGAUCCUAUGUUAAAACACUGACAAUAAAUGUAUUCUUAAGGAGACUAGAAAAUAAGUUAAACAUAAUUUGAUGAAUAUUUUGUAUAUUUUAUACUUAAAUUCAAUUUAUGAGCUUCAAGAAACGUCAUUCCAUUUUGAGAAAAUAGUUAAGAUAACUGAAGUUAUACCCCAGUAUAGUAUUUGUAAAUUUUCAUAUUAUGCAGAAUACUUAUACUAAUUCUGAUAAAAAAACUGUCAUAUUUAUGAUAUAUUGUCAUUUCAUGGCUUCAAAAAGAGAAAGAAGAGCUUGAAAGAAGAAAAUGGCUAGUGUGACAGUGAUUAUUACUAUCAAAUUGAGUUUAUCAGCUUAUAUGUAACACUAAGAUGCUUAUCCAACAUUAACUGUAGCGUCUGUUCUUCAAUGUCAGUUGUAACGUUGAACUCCAAGUCAAUCCUGAUUGAGCAAAUUUAUGAAAAUUAUGACUGUGACUGACAAUCCUGUCUUUUUAGGGGUAUCUAGAAGUACAUUAUGAAAUGUGGGUGGGGAGCAAAAUGUGUGAUUUUUAGAUUUGGUUGGUAUUUCUAGCAGGUUGAGUCAUUAUGUAGAGGCUUCCUUUGUUGCCUUGUGAUUUGGAGAUGUUAUUGCUUUUGUUAAUGUCAAUAAAGUAAAAUCAAAGAAGUACUUUUGAAUUUUAAUCAGUAGUGCAAUGUGUAUUUUGAAUAUGCAAAGAAUUAUUCCUUUCUUCAUACAUAUGAUAAAAACCUUAGAUCAGAUCAGAAAGGGAAUGUAUGAUGUUUUUUUUUUAAGUAAUACAGAAUUAUACGUUUAAAGUUUACUUUUAUUAACACAUUGGGAGAAUGUUAUAUACAGUUUCAUAGUUUAUGGAAUGAAAUAGUAUAGUUAGUAAUUGGCAAGACGACAGGUAAAUUGACAAAAUGUAAGUUUUGUAAAUGAAUAAUAAUACCCACAAUCUUUUUAUAAUGCCUCUAAGGCUGGCAGUUCUGUGCCGGUGGCACAUAAAAAGCACCAUUUGAGCAUGGUCGUUGCCAGUGGCGCCUGACUGGCUCCCGUACCGCUGGAAUGUAAAAAGCACCAUUUAAGCGUGGUCAAUGCCAGUACCACCUGACUGGCCCUCAUGCUGGUGGCAUGUAAAAAGCACCCACUACACUCUUGAAGUGGUUGGCGUUAUGAAGGGCAUUCAACUGUAGAAACUUUGCCAGAUCAGAUUGGAGCCUGGUGCAGCCUUCUGGCUUGCCAACCCUCAGUCAAACCAUCCAACUCAUGCCAGCAUGGAAAGCGGACGUUAAAUGAUGACUUGUGAUAAGAUGAACUCUGCUAAUGGCAGCCAAGGAGUGGUGAUGAUGAUGAUGAUGAUAAACUGAGCAACAAAUUAAGUCUACUCAAGCAAAGUACUACUGGUAAGUUUAAUCUAUUAGUGAUAAACAAAGCUAGUAGAAAAGACAGCAAGCAGUGACCAGGGAUUGGAAGAUUCCUGUAGAAAUUAUUUGUUGAUCAGAUUAAACAUUACUUUUUGCCUGUAAAUCCAAGAUGCAUCAGAAUUGGACACAUUUAAACAUGAUAGGAAGUCACUAGCAACUUAAAGUUGAAAAUUCUUUGUUCGAAAUAGAAAACCAGAUUGCUCGGAUAGUUUUAUUUUGAAGAAUAUAGAACGUUCAAGAGAAUUUGCCUUAAAUGGUGACUCCAAAGUCGGAAGUUUGAAGCCUAAUUCAGCUUAGCAAAACACCAAGCUACUUUACUAUCCUAUUAAUUUGUGGAAUGGUGUAAUUUAUAAUCUCAUUCCAUUUAAUGCACAUUUGCUGAAAUAUAUUUCUUUAAGAUAUAAUGUCUAUUCUUAUCAAAUUUUUAAAGAUGAUAUUAAUCUUAUAAAGGAACUCGCAAGAACACGAGAGAAUUCAACCCUUUUUAAUUUCCACUUGUGUACUUUUAAUGGUUUGUCAAGCAGAAACUAUUGACUAUGUAGCAAAAUGUAGAGUUUUAUACCAGUGACAAGAUACAGUUUCCUAAUUCAUCAACUAAAAGUUUGACACUAUGUUCACUGUUAUUUUAUUUUCUAUUGAUUGGUCUGGAAGAUGGCCUGCCAAUAAUACUUUUUCUCUGAACUCUUGAAUUAUUUUCUAUCUUAUAUUUGACAAGGGGAAUCUUUCCCAAAAUAUUAUAGAGCAUUAAACAACCCAUGUAAGGUAAUACAAUA